AUGGGAGUCCCAAACCACAGGCUUGACGCUCUCGAGGAGCAGCGCCUAGCGCUCGAAAAUAACAUUCUCCAACUGCAGAAAUCACUCUACCACUGGCGAACCUGGGAAGCGGAAUACGACGGACUGCGCGAAGAGAUCGGCAACUUGGACGAUGGAGCCAGCACGGAUAGCUUCCUUAAUGUCGCCUUGGAAUUCGGAGGCACCCUUGUGGACGAGAAGGAAAUGCAGGCGAUACUUGGGUCGCAAGGUGUGAUGCGGUCUCGCGGACAAGUGAUUGAUCUUCUGGGCCGACGGAUCGACUAUGUGAAACAAAAUGUGGCCACCAUGGAGAAGCGGCUCCGGAAGGCCGAGGAUGAGCUUUCAGCUCUUUGUGCGAAGGACCAGCCGUUGCAAGAUGGCGCGGAAUUUCCUAUGCAGGAGAUUAUGGAGGAGCUUGAUGAGGACGGAAAUGUCGUGUCGAGCUCGAUCAAUACUCCCGGAAACCAGGCAUCGGAAUUGCUGGACGUGUUGAAGAAGGCUGGUGUCAAGGAUAUCCCGGAUGCUGAGGAGUCGAAGACUGCUGCUACCCCCGCCGAGGCUACACCUGAGGAUGCUGUGGGCGAGCCACGUAACUCAAUGGCUGCAAGCCAGCAGGGCGAUUCUUCAAGUGGUCAGAAUGCGGCUCUUGAGUCAAAUGACAUCUCCCGCGAGGAUCUCGACCUCAAGCGCCCUGUCUCUGUGGUGACUCCCGAAGAUCGUCAGCAGCCACCUGUCACCGAUGUGAAUGAAACCGCUGAAGAUGCGAGACUGCGCCGUGAAAUGCUUCAAUACGGAAUUGACGAAGUGGGCGCAAUUGUGGCCGAACUCGAAAUGGACGAGUCCGGAAGUGACGUUUCCUUCGACGAAGACUAUGAUUAUGACUAUGACGAGGAAGAGAACGAGGAUGAAUACGGCCGCUCUCACACUGCACUUCCUGCGGAUUAUCAUCAGCAGAUGCGAGAGCUGGAAGCCAAGCUUAACGCUCGCGGUUUGAUGAACAUGGGCAAGGACACACAUACAUUCCCUGAGGAAGUCCAGCAGGAGAUCGAGAACCCAACGGUGGUUGGAACGGAAACCGAGUCUACCCCGAAGGAGAAGAAACCCAAGAAACGGGUUGCAUUCGCCGAUGACCUUGACAUCGCACCAGCUCCCGAACCUCAUGCCGCCGCCGAGAAGUCACUUCCUCCACAAGAGGAGCCCAAAGUGCUCGCUGAUUCAAUUGUCGAACGUACAAGCCGUCCCCAAGAACCACCUCGACCUACACCGUCGGGUCCUAAGAAAACUUCACGGUUCAAGAGUGCUCGGGGUGCGGCCCCAGGCACUCCGGCCAGUGAAUCGGUAACUUCAGGCGCUACCACCUCGAACCCAUCAGGAGUCACCGAAUCUCGAAUUCGCAAGCAAACAAACGCAGCUCCAUCCGCAGCACCUCCCACCCUCUUCCCAGCCACACCCAAAGAGCCUAAGCCUUUCUCCACACCCAUCACAGACAUCACCGAGAACGAGCACAAGCCCUACACACCCAAACCUCCACAAGACAGGACACUGGCCGAGAAAGUCUUCGAGCGCCAGGUGUCACCUGGAGCGGCGAAGGCACCAGAGCUGGACCACUACGACGAAGAACUUCACCAGAAGCAGAUCGCCUCUGAAUUCUUCCAUAUGCAAAAUCGCCUGUCUGGAAAGAGUAAUUCACAAACUGAGGAAGAACAGGUUGUCCUCCCACCCGAACCGGAGGAGCCACCGAAGCGCGUGAGCAAAUUCAAAGCUUCGCGAAUGGGUUAG